GAUCACAAUCCUUUUGGAGGGGAGAACAGCAUGGAAAUAAAGUUGGUGGAAGAUGUCAACAACACCGUAAACCUUGAAAAGCUUCAAUUGUGACCUAGACAAUACUCUCACAGGGACAUCCUUGUGGCCCGACCUAGAUUGUGAUGACCCUGUGGUUUUUAUUGUCAUACACAGUGAACUAAACAACACCAAACCUUUGGCUUUGUGUACAUGUAUAAUCUUCAGUGACUUCUGAGCCAUUAUGGUACAAAUUCCAAAGAUGGAUACAGAGACGAUGUAAACAAUCUUUCAUAUCACACGAUCAAUGAACACGGAAGCCUGAACUUUUUUCUUUUACUUUUUUUUUCUACUGGUAGUUGAACUGGAUUACUCUGGGUAUUUGUCAAUGUCAGGAGCAUCUCUGAUUGGAUAGCUGAUAUGGAAGUGCCUGGGAGUCCGUUCGGGUCUAGUUCAAGCCCAUUUGGAGGAGGAGUGUCUGGCAGACAUCGCUGUAAAGUUCCUAUCAGCAGUUCCAGGAGACCAGACGGCGAUAUGGCGUUGCAGGACAUGGAAGGGGUGCUCCACAACGGAAUGACCAGCGGAUCCUGCGGAAUGACCAGGAAGAGACUCAGGAUGGAUGUCGAUCAGGAGAAUGAAACGGAGCAACUGAAAAGGAUUAUCGCCGUUCGAGGUCGAAACUUCAUACCCAUCUCGGCCUCAAACACAACCUUCCAUACCGAAGAUGUGAAACAGAGGAGUGAGACCAUUUAUUCACCCCUGACCGAUGAUGUCCUUGUCAACAUGAGAAGUGCCGAACAGAUCAGCUACGGAACAGGAGAUUACUUUAUAGGAGAUCUCAGGGGCAACUAUACAAGGAAAAGUCAAGGUUACGUUGUAAACCUAUGGAGAUACAGCGAGGCCAACCAGAAGCUCUUCAUCUCACGAUCAUUCCUCUUCACCAACGUCAUGGACUUUGUGCAACUCAAGGAAAUCCUGGAAAACUUAUGAACUAAUCAACUUCGAGGAGAUGACCCUUUCCAGGGCAUGCGUUAACGAUGAAGCAUAUUUGCCUUGAGUGCUCACUCCACCUGCCUUGCUGCCUUCGAAAUUGCCCCAUCAGCAUCACCGACAGGUUUUAGAGCGAUUUGAAACAAAUGGCCUUUCCCUCCUGGGGGCUUACACAAAGCAUAGCAAUCACCGUAGAACAAAUUUUUAUGAUUGAUUGCAUUGACUACAAUGUACAAUUGAUUGUAAAAAUCAAGCGUACGAUCAAUCGCUGACCUUCGUGUUUCAGGGCCUUGGAUUCAACUCUAAUAGCUGGAAGAUAUUCAGGAACCACUUCAAGGCAACAAGCGAAACCUCAAACAAAAAAAUGAAGAAGGUAUUGACCCAUUUCUACAUACAAUGUAGUCAGAGUCUAGUGGGUGUUACAACUUUCCCUCCUGGGGGGCUUACUGCGAUAACACUAAGCAUAGCAAUCAGCGUAGAACAUUGUUUGAUGAUUGAUUGCAUUGACUACAAUGUACAAUUGAUUGUAAAAAUCAAGCGUACGAUCAAUCGCUGACCUGCGUGUUUCAGGGUCCUGGAUUCAACUCUAAUAGCUGGAAGAUAUUCAGGAACCACUUCAAGGCAACAAGCGAAACCACCAAAGAAAAUGAAGGUAUUGACCCAUUUCUACAUACAAUGUAGUCAGAGUCUAGUGGGUGGUUACCAGAAAGUUGGUUUGCAAUUGAUGCACAUCAACUGGAAACUUGCAGCCUAUCCCGACAGAGUGAGUAGUCGCAACUAAUCAUCAAAUUGUGUUGCCAGAAACAGGCUUGCGAUUGCCCCAUAAGUCCUAGCUCUGUAUGAUGUUACCAAUGAUAUUAUAUUACCUCAUUAGGAAUGAUUUGGAAGUAUAUUUUUCAGCCUUUGGUCAUAUCUUCAGGAAGUCCUAGCCAUGUUUGAUGACCAAAUACUAGUAUCUUCUUGCAAGAGAUGAAAUGGUUCGACAUCUAGUCGACGUCUAGUCAGUUUGAACACAACUCGUUCUGGAACAGGGCCCCAUUGGUCUUUGAUUUGAAGACACAUCCACCUCCAUUAAUACAGAACAUUGAAAGAGCAAUACUGGGCCCCGUCUUACAAAGAGUUGCGAUUAAUCUGGGGAGCGUUUCAUCAAGAUUUUUGUCCGACAAGUUGUCAGAUCUGACAUCUUUCCUUGAUUUUGAUUGGCUGUGAGGCACUGUUACUAUGGUAACUGUCGGAUAAAACGUCCGACAAGUCCUUUCAUGAAACGCUCCCCCGAUCAACCACAACUAUGGACGGCCAGCAACAUCAACAUCUAAAAUGUAUGUUUGUUCAACAUAUUUUCUACUAAUAUGUUAUAAAUACAUAUAUUCAUCAUUCUCUUGAAAAUUCUGUGUGAUUCUAAGGAGGUUUUGCAAAUUUCCUGUAGAAAAAAUUAUGGUAUGGAUGGAUUUCCAUACAGUAGAGAUUGAUUGGAUCAAUCGUAAGUUCUCUUUGUAAGUCGGCGCCCACAUGGUACACUUGCUUUAAUGUAUAUUUGUCUUUAAAUUUAAGUGUUUACUCAUUUGAUAUUAGUCUUAUGCAUCUCUCUUGUCAGUAUGUGUGAAAAAUGGAUUCAUAUAUCUGAAAACAUUAUUUGAGAGAUAAUGUACGGUAUGAGUGUGUAUGCCUUUGUUAAUGUAUAUGUGAUUGCUUGAGAUUGUGAACCGUCAGUUUUAUGAUGUAUAUCCUCAUUAAAUUUGUCUGAGUAUUAUCAUAAGAGUGUGGUUACUGAAGAAUAACUUGAAAAUGUAACAAAUUAUAUGAUUGAAAAGACUUUCAUACUUUAGAACACUUCAUUCCAUAAAACAUUCCUUGGUUGUUUUUGUACACUCUACGGAGCAAGAAUGCCAACCAUGAUCGUUGCCCCCGUUGUUUGAUUGAUAAUCUAGAAUUUAUCAACACUGAAGUAACCUCUUAUCUACUAUUGAUUAUUGAACAGUCUGUAUCUGUGUACGUGUUAAGGGUGUGUCGGGGGAUAUGAAUUAUGAAGUCAAUUAAAUUAAUGUAGAUGAACUUGUUGCUUUGAGCAUACAAUCAAGUGCCACAUCACAUGUGACAUUGUUUACUUCAAUGCUGUGGGGUCAACUUGAUAUCAGGUUUAUGCACUCUACCAUAUGCAACUCUUAAAUAUUUUCUCUUUUUUAUUCUCAGUUUCCUUUCUUUUUUAAGUUGUACCAUAUUUUUCCAUUACACAUUUCGAUCUCUUUUCUUUUCAUUAUCCCCCUUUUCUUCCCCCGUUCUUCUUCCUCUUUUGGUUUCCCUUUUAUUCUCUCCCUUUAAUUUUUUUUAAUCAUUUUCAUUAAUUUCAUUUCACAAUAAUUUUUAAGUGUAAUUUAUUUUGUUACUCCAUCCUCUCAGCUUUUUUUGCGUUUCUUUUUCCCCCUUCUCCAUUUGCAUGUAUCUCUUCAUUUCCUUUCUUUUUAUAAAAUAUUUGUAUGCAAACAAAAAAAGUUCUGCUUUAUUAUAAGUGCCUGACCAAAGAAUGUUAGUCGCAAUUACAUAUUUAUAGCCCUAUUGUUGAUCAUUAUUGGUUGAUGAAGUUUUUAUAUUAAAAGGCUGAAAUCCAAAAUAUAUCACUCCUAAUAGCAAAGUUUUACAGCAAAGAGAAAUCUAAGCAUAUAAACAUAAUAAUUAUAUGGCCAAUUUUUAAUCUUCAUGUUUCGUUCAUUUAAGCUAUUUCGUGUUUUUGAAAUGUUACUUUUUUAUCCCCGUCCAACAUUUUAUGAAAGCUUGAUUUUAUCACAGUGCAAACAACUUGGAUGUUAUUCCCCUUUAACUCCCAAUAUACACAAUAAAGUCAGAGUGAUCAAGGACCACAUUUCAUGAAUCAAAUAGCCAGUGGUGUUCACUUGCUAUUGUUAAAAGCUACUGCAAAUCCAUGCAUCUGAUUGGCUGACAGCAUAUUAGUCACUGAAAAAUCACUUACAAAACCGCUCAUGAAACACUCCCUUAUUGUCGCUAUAAAUUGGAGUAACAAUAUUUUAUAUUAUUUGAUUUUAGACAUUAUAACAUAACAGGUACAAGUAUAGUAUGUAUCAAUAUUUUGUGAUAUACAUGUACAGUACACUGUUUUUACUCUUUUGCACUAUACUUUUGUCUUGGUGUAAACAUAUACAUUUAGCUGCAUUUUAGAAGUGUGAAUAGUGUGGUGUUAACAUAGUUGAUAUUAAAGAAAAUCACUACUGAAAUAGAUUUGCACACAGUUAUUAGAAAACAAAGUAAAAAAAUCUUGCCUUGAUUUUAAAUAUGCAUCGCACGUGGCAAACGUGGCUGUAUCGUCGCAGUUGUAAAUAUUUGUAAAGCAAUGCAUGCAUUGUGAUAUUACCAAUUCUUUCAUUUUUGCAUUGUGUAAUGUGCACAACCUAUCGAUUAUGAAUACAAUCAUUCUCAUGUGAUGUGUAUGCGAUGUAUUUUUGCACAGGUCAUAUGUACUGCGUACAGAAUAUUUCAUCGUUUUAUUUCAAGAUAAAUACAUCUUAAAAGUUUACAUUAACUGUUUUAUAACAAUUUGAUUGCUUUCGUUCAGCAUGGGUACUAGAAAGUGAUAUUUUUAUGGCUUGCUAUUUUUUUAUGAAAAUCAUGGAGAUACAUAUGUAGGUUAAGUGAUGCAACUGUGUACAAAGUGUAUGAUUGGGGGACCUAAAGCUACGCACUUUGUUUACAAACGAUGAAAUCUAUGCCAAUUUUAAUAUUUCAACAAAUUAUUGUUCACUAAAUUUUGGUAAAUAUUCUAAAGAUCCUUAACCGAGAAAAAAAUAUCACAAAACUCACAAUACG